UUAAGAGAACAAAAGAUGAAUUAAUGCACCAUAUAUUCAAAUAUAGCACAAGAAUUAAGAAUGUCUUCGAGUGACUCAAAGCUUCCUUUACGAGACAUCCCAGGUGAUUAUGGGUUGCCCUUUUUUGGGGCAAUUAAGGAUCGAUUCGACUUCCAUUACAAUCAAGGUACUGAUGGCUUCUUCAGGUCUCGCAUGCAAAGUUACCAAUCCACUGUCUAUAGAGCCAACGUGCCUCCUGGUCCUUUCAACGCUCCUAAAUCUAAAGCCAUUGUCCUUGUUGACGCUGUUAGUUUCCCCAUUCUUUUCGACAAUUCUAAAGUCGAUAAGACGAACUACUUUGAUGGCACAUUUAUGCCUUCCACUGAUUUCACUGGCGGUUACCGUUUGUGCCCUUUUCUUGACACUUCUGAGCCCAAACAUGCCACACUAAAAGAACUUUUCUUGUCCACACUAGCAAACCUGCACAACAGAUUCAUACCCUUGUUUCUUAGCUCAAUGUCUGAGCUAUUUACCCAUCUUGAACAUGAAUUGUCAGAUAAAGGACAAGCAUACUUCAAUACCCUCAGUGAUGACAUGGCAUUUGACUUCCUCUUUCGUUUGUUUUGUGAGAAAAGUCCUUCUGAAACAAGUCUGAGAUCUGAUGGGCCCACCAUUCUAAACAAAUGGGUGUUCUUUCAGUUAGCUCCAUUGAUUUCUCUAGGCCUCAAACAUGUACCCAACUUCAUAGAAGAUUUGGUUUUGCACACUUUCCCUCUACCGUUUUUCCCUUUAAAAUCUGAUUAUAAAAAAAUAUUUGAUGUCUUUUACAAAUCCAUGGGGUCUAUUCUAGAUGAAGCUGAGAAGCUUGGACUGAAAAGAGAUGAAGCAUGUCAUAACUUUAUUUUUUUAGCAGGGUUCAAUUCUUAUGGUGGCAUGAAAGUUUUCUUCCCAGCUUUGAUCAGGUGGGUUGGAGCAGCAGGAGAGAGUUUACACCGUCGUCUCACAGAUGAAAUCAGGACCGCUGUUAAAGAAGAAGGUGGGGUUACCUUUUCAGCAUUGAAUAGGAUGAGUCUGACCAAGUCUGUGGUGUAUGAGACACUAAGAAUAGACCCCCCAGUUCCGUUUCAAACUGCAAAGGCCAGAGAAGAUGUCAUCAUCCAUAGCCAUGAUUCAUCAUUCUUGAUCAAGAAAGAUGAAAUAAUAUUUGGAUAUCAGCCAUUGGCCACCAAGGACCCUAAGAUAUUUGAGAACCCUGAGGAGUUUAUUGCAGAUAGAUUUGUGGGAGAUAAAGAGGAAUUGAUAAAGUAUGUGUACUGGUCAAAUGGUAAGGAGUCAGAUGAUCCAACAGUGGAUGAUAAACAAUGUCCUGGUAAGGACCUGGUGGUGCUCUUGGGAAGGUUAAUGUUGGUAGAGUUUUUCCUGCGCUAUGAUACUUUUGAGAUCGAAUUUGGAAAGCUGCUGCUGGGUUCCAAGGUGACUUUCAAGUCAGUAACCAAGGCGACAUCAUAAAUUAUCUUUUGCUUUAUGCCGGAUAUAUAUGGAAAAUUCUUAUCCAAACACGAAGGUAUGUAAGCAAGACGAUCAGUUGUUGUGACUUCAUGUUAAAUCGAUUUAUUAAUGUUUUAAUGUUAUAAUGUUAUAAUUAAGCAUAUUUACUUUAACAAUUAUAGUUGUUGAUGUCAUUUUAAGUUGGUAUGUAAGAGAUAAAAUCAAGUCAAUUUGAUUAAUACGUUUGAAAUGUGAGAAUAAUAAACUUGUUUUUCAUUUGUUUA